UUAGGCCAGUGCGGAAUCACUCAGCAGACGUAAUCUAGAGAACGUUGCACUCAAUUGUUGUCUACAUAGCAACAAACGUAUUAAAUUUGCUAAUCAUUAACCAGUAGCUCACACCUGUGGAUUCACUAGACUUAUUCCGGAAAAGAAACAAUUUAAAGAUGGAUCGAUGGGUUGGACGGGUAGCUCUUGUCACAGGAGCAAGUGUUGGCAUUGGUGCGGCUAUUUGCCAAAAACUGGUUGAAUGCGGACUGGUAGUUGUUGGAUGCGCCAGGAAUGCCGAUAAAAUUCGAAAGUUGGGUGAAGGGCUUAAAUCAGCAAAAGGAAAGCUUCAUGCAUAUCAAUGUGAUUUGUCCAAGGAAGAUGAAAUCUUAUCUCUAUUUGAAUGGAUCAAAAGCAAUGUAGGAGGCGUAGAUGUCUGUAUCAAUAACGCAGGAUUCGGAGACUACGGCUCCCUCCUUGGGCCUGAGGCUUCGGUUUCGGGAUGGAAGUCUAUGCUGGAUGUUAACGUCGUAGCGCUGUGUCUUUGCACUAAGGAAUCGGUCAACUCUAUGCGCCAACGUGGAGUCGAUGACGGUCAAAUUAUCCACAUUAGUAGUCUUUCAGGCCAUCGAGUACCGAUCGGCCCUGGGAAUCAUUUUUACAGCGCUACCAAAUUUUGUGUUCGAUCUUUAACGGAAGGCCAUCGGCAAGAACUGAAGGAGCUCAGAACCAAUAUUCGAGUUGCGGCUAUCAGCCCAGGUUUUGUGGCAACCGAUUUUUUCACGAACGCAUUGCAUAGCGACAACACUAGCGCACAAAACAUCACGGAACUUUUUACAACCAUGAAACCUAUUGAGCCUGUUGAUGUAGCAGAUGCAGUGAUCUACAUUUUAAGUACACCUGCCCAUGUCCAGGUCCAUGAUAUAAUGAUGCGACCCACUCAACAAAAAACGUAAAAUAUUAAGCCUGCUUUUUUUUUCAUUCCAAUA